CUCGUGCCAAAAAUAUACGUUAGAUUCCAUUUUACGAUCUCACUCAUUUAGAUAAUUUUGUUGGUAACCUAGAAAUUUAACUUAUCAAAACAAAACAAACAACUUCAACUAGUAUUCUGCAAUAUCAACAAAUUUCCAGGUCAUAUCGAUAUCAUAAUUCUCGAUUAAAAAAAAUCGAUACUCUCGCGAAUGAAAACAUCGAACGAAAAUAUUUCGAUAUAUCGAUGUAAACUGUUCAUCCCUCCCUGUGUAGCGGUAAACAUUGUUAGUAUUGUUAAUAAAUAGACUAAAUGGUUUGUGUACAUAUUGUGAAUAUUUAUUAAUAAUUUUCAAUAAUAUAUUAUAAACAUGUGUGAACCAAUAGACCAAUUACAUACUUACCAUGUAAGUGCAGCAUAUAAAACUUUAAGAAAAAAAUUGGAUAACUUAGGUUAUUCACAAACAUUGCCACUUGAUGCACUUCCGCUAGUUCAAAAGUUACUGGCUGACUUGAUUCAAACAACUGCAAGUUUAAGACACUUCAAAGCAAUCGCUGAGAACAAUAUUGAAAAUUUAAGUCAGUCAGAUUUUUAUGUAGAACCUUACAGACAAGAUAAUGCUAAACUAACUCAAGAGUGCAAUCAACUUAGUGAAGAAUUAAUAGAAGUAAAAGAGACUAAUUUAAAGGUAAUUAAUGAUUUAAAAAGAAAAAUUAAUAGGCUAGAAAGUGAAUGUAAUGAUUUACAAUUAGCAUCUGCGAAAAACUUGAAAAGAAUCAAAGAUCUUGAAGUUGAAUCGUCUAACAAAUCAAAAAGGAUUCAAGAAUUGUUAGGAAAAUGCUGUAAACCUACAAUUAGUAAUGUUGGACUUGCUACGAAAAGACGGACGGUGUUCCCUUUAAAAAAACCUAUACUAGAAGCGGAUACAUUUUCAUCAGUAGACGUUAAUAACUAUCAAAAUCGGUAUUUCGUCAAUUUAAGUAAAGUAGACCCUCACAUCGUAGAUAUUGUCGAAAUGGGAGAUAAAAAAAUUAAUUCAUUGCUUCAUGAGGUUAAAAAAUUGAAAGAACAAUUGUCUUUGAAAACGGAUAAUUUAUCUAUAAUGAACAGUCAGUUGAUGGCAAGAGAUAAAGAAAUUUCUCGUCUUAAAAAAUCAAUGGAGAACGGACGUGCUCAUAGUGUAUUAUCAACAAAUUGUAAUUGUGGGAAAAAUGAUCAAGCUUGUUCACAUUGCCAUUCAAAAACUCGUGGUAAAAAUAUUUCAUCCAUUUGUGCUAGAUUACCGGAUAUGAAUGAAGUGAAAAUUUUACAACAAGCGAAAUUGAAUCUUGAGCAACAAUUACGAGAUGCACUAGAUAAACAACAUGAUGCCAUGUCUCAAGCAAUGAAACUUGCGGAAAGAAAUGAAGAAUUGGAAAAAGAAUUGAAAGAUAUUGAUCAUAUAGCUCUUGCUGUUGAAGCAGAUUGUAAUACGACAGUUAAAGAAAAUAAUAAAAAAAUCAGCCAAUUACAGGAUAAACUGGAAAAAAGCUUGAAUCAAAUUAGUGAAUUAGAAAAUAAUUUAUUAGCGGAAAGAAGAAUGUGUCAAGAAUUGAGAGCUGAUGUGGAAGCAGCUAAGAAUGAAAAAAGAAAUAUACAAAGAGCUUUAGAUAAUGCACUUGAAGAAAAUAAACAAUUAUUAAAUAAAAUAAAAAAUGCUAACAUGCUAGAUUCUGCUGAACAGGGACGUAUAGCAUCAGUUCGAUCUGAAGAAACUCACAAAAAAAUUAUAGAGAAAAAUGAAGAAAUUAAAGAACUGGAGAAGGUAAUUCAACAUUUAGAACGAGAGAAAAAUCAUUUUAAAAAUGAAUGGAACAAAUUAAAGGAUCAACAGAACAGUAAUUAUACAGAUAAUACUGAUCUAUACGUUCAAAUAUGUGAUUUAAAACAUCAAUUGAAUGAGAGAGAAGCUCAAAUUACAGAGCUCAAACGAGAAAAGACUGAAAUCAGUUGUAAAAAAUUAGAAUUAGAAAAUAUGUAUAGAAUGCAAGUACAGAAUGCAUGUGAUCUCAGUAAAUGUAAAUGUCAUCAAGGUGGCUUUAAUUUAGAUAGUGGAGAGAACAGGAUAACAUUAUCACGCUUGGAACGAGAAAGAGAUAAAAUGAGGAAUGAUUUAGAAAUAGUAAUUCAAGAAAGAGAUAUAAUUCGAGAAAAGUUGAGAUUAGCUACGGGAGCACAUACCGCAGAACAAAAGCGAUUGAAAGAAAAAAUACGAGAUUUAGAAAUGAAAUUAGAUGAAGCAGAAAGACAAAGACAAGAUAUUUUGUUAUCACAAGGUUCACAACGAACUGCUUUAACAGAAAUGGAAGAUAUCAAAGAAGAAUUACAUUUAACUAGGCGGAAGUAUGAAAACCAACGAAAUCAAUAUUCCAAACUAGUAGCUCUUCAAGAACAAACUGAUCAAACUCUCAACGAAAUUCGCAAUCAAUUAGCUCAAUCUGAAGCAGAAAUAUCGAGAGUAAUGGAUCGUAAUCGUACUUUAGAACAACAGCACAUUCAAUUGAAUAAUCAAGUCAAAAAUUUAAAACAAGAAAUUAAUACAUUACAAUCAAAUAUGAAUCGCUUGCAUUCAGAUAAAGAUCAAUUAGUGCUCAAACUAGAUGAAAAAACAGAAAGAAUAGCAGAUUUAGAAAGCGAAUUAAUGUUAAAAGAACAACAGCGACAUGCAAUAGAACAACAACUUCGAGAAAUUCAUCACAAAAAUGCAAUAUGUGUCGAUCAGAGUGCAGAUCAAGAACGAAGAUUACGAGAUUUAGAAAUGGAAAUUGAUAAUUAUAAUCGACAGUUAUUAGCAGUGUCAUCAGAAAGAGAUAAUGUUAUUCAAGAAAAUAAAAGACUACAAAACGAGUUGGCUGCGCUUACUUGUGAAAUUAAAAGUCUUCAACGAGAACUGAAUGAUUUAAAGAAAGAAUCAUCUGAUUUAAAAAAGCAAUUGCAAACUUAUGUUAGUAAAGUACGUUAUACUGAAGAAUUACUUAAUGAUAAAGAAAAAGAAAGAUCAGAGAUGUUGCACCACUUUAAAAAUUUAAGCUUAGAAACAACUGCUCUUGAAAGUGAUAAACAUAGCUUGAAAUCAGAAGCAGCAGAGGCGAAAGAAGCUCUACGAGCAGCUAAUGAUCGAUUGGAUGAUUUAGAAAGAGAAUUAGCUAAUAAAAAUUGCUUGAUUGCAGGCUACGAAAAUCAGAUUUCAGAAUUGACCAAAGCAAUUGCAAGACUUGAAACGGAUGUUCGUCAGCAAGUAGACCAAAAAGAUCAAGCAGAAACUGAUCUUAAUGGACUUCGUGAUUUGUGCGUUAAAUUAGAACAGCAAAAAGAAACUUAUGCAAUAGAAAUAGGGCAGAAAAAUGCCACAAUUAGUAAUUUAGAAGGAGAAUUAGCUAGACUUGAAGCUGAGUAUAAUAUUAAUCAAAAUCAGAAAUCUCAUGAUCAAGCUACUAUCGACCGAUUACAAUCGCUACUAGAUCAAGCAAGAUUAGAAGCUAUUGAACAUCAACAAAAUAAUCAGAAACUACAUAAUGAGAUUGAUCGGCUGAAGCAAAAGACGAAUAAAUUACAAAAUGAAUUAUCAAAUCAAUCGGCUGAACUAAAACGUUGGCAAAAUCAAACUACAGAAUAUAGCAAUCAAAUUAGUCAACUUCGAAGAGCUGUAACUGAUGAACAAUUUAAUCGAGCAAAACAAAACGAAGAACAAAGAAGAAAUUUAUCGUACUCUGCAAAACAUCUACAGCUUUCUUCAAAUACAACCGAUGAUCUCAUCAAUUCUCCACCUAGAUCAUUGAACUCAUCGCCAGAUACUUUAAAUGAAAUUAUUUAAAUAAAAAAUAAAUAUUUGAUUAAUUUAUCUUUUGAAUAGUUUAUUAAAUCAAUAAAUUUGAUAGAUUCAUGUAUGUCUAUACAGAAAGCUACUAACUCAUCAGGUUUUGUGUUACCAGUAAAACGUAGCGAUCAGACUGCAUUUAAUAGAGAAAUAAAUACAGGUUUGAAUAAUGUUGGUCUAGA